UCCCCCAGGGCCCACACAGUGGUCUCUGGUCAUGCUGUGAGCUCUUAAGACUUUGGGCCUUUGAAGCCCCAGACAGCAUGUUAAGGACUGAAAUGGGCAGAAAGAAUCCAGGCUGGUCCUGGGUGCAGGGUGGGAGCACUGGCUGACAUUCUGGUUAGGACCCAGCAACUUUCCCAUUGAAACAAGGGCUAAGGAGCCCUCCUCUGGCCUGCCUUUGAGUUCCCCAGAUGGGGGUGAGGGUCCAGGACCAGCCCCAACAUUGGGGUUCCCCUGGCAUCCUGUUGGGAGGGUGAGGCUCCAACAGGCCUCCUCCCCAGCAUUUUCCCAGCCCCAGGCCGCUGACUCACAUCCAAGCCCAGGGCCCCUUACUGACUGGACUGGUUUGCCUGGCUCAGCCCAGCCCAGUGCACACCCCCUUGCCCAGAAGCCUUCAGAGCAGAUGGAGAGCACUUGCCCUGGGAAUGCUGCACUGGACAGACCCAGGAGGGACAGGAGAACCAAAGUCCACUGGUCUGGGUGGGGUCAGGGAAGCCUGGAGGGAACCGUCAGCUGCAGAGGAAGACUGGCCAGCAGGCAAGGGGCCCUGCGACCCCUAAGUGUCCAGAAGGUCCUGCAGUCGGAGUUCCUGGAGCAGCCAGAGGCGGCGUGCUUCCUGUGGGAGGGUGCUGCCUCCUCCAUCUCCUGGAACUUUGUCAAGCAGCAAUGGAGGGCCAAGCGUAGAGGACCAAGCAGCCACUCUCAUCCACUGUGCCUUCCAGCAACACCUGGCAAGGAAGGAGCUGGCUCGCCAGGUAUACCUGGAGCAGAUGGAGAAGCUGCAGAGGGAGGUAUGGCCUCGGGGCACCAGGAGCAGGAAGCGGCCCGGCGGCGGCGGCGCGAGAAGGAGGAGGCGGCGAGGCGUGAGCGGCUGGAGGAACUGCAGCGCCGCCGCCGCCUCCUGGACGCCGCCUUCGACGCGUAUUUGGGCGAGAUCCGGGCGGUCCUGAACGAGGUCAGCGCCGCAGGGGUGGGCGGGGCCUUAGAGGGGCGGGACCAGGAGAGGCGGGCCUGGAGCCCGUGGCCUGCGCAGGUGUAGCAGCUGCUGA